AAAUGCUCGCCUCUGCAGCCAUGAGGUCAUGAAUGUAUUUGUUUCGUGCUGGCCUUUUAAAUAUGGAGUCACCCAGUCAAAGCUGGAAUUGGAAUUCCAACUACGCGAGUACUGCUUGCCAUUCCUUACCCUAAACACCCAUCAAAAUGUCCUCCGGCGUAUCCUUCAAAACAAAGAACGGCGUCACCAUCCCCGGCGUCGGCUUCGGUACUUUUGCCAACGAAGGCUCCAAAGGCGAGACUUACAAGGCUGUCCGCCACGCGCUGAAAGUCGGCUACCGACACCUCGAGUGUGCCUGGUUCUAUGCCAAUGAGGACGAGGUGGGACAGGCAAUUCAAGAUUUCCUGAAAGAGAACCCGUCAGUGAAGCGGGAGGAUCUGUUCGUGACGACGAAGGUGUGGAACCACCUGCAUCGGUAUGACGAUGUGCUGUGGUCGUUGGAGGAUUCGCUGAAGAACUUGCAAUUGGACUAUGUGGACCUGUAUCUGGUGCAUUGGCCCAUUGCUGCUGAGAAAGACGAGAAUCAUCAGCCGAAGCUUGGACCGGAUGGAAAGUACAUCAUCCUUGAGGAGUUGACAAAGAACCCCGAAGAAACCUGGCGUGCGAUGGAGAAGAUCUACGAAUCCGGCAAAGCCCGCGCCAUCGGCGUGUCCAACUGGCGUAUCGAAGGCCUGGAGCAUCUCAACAAGAUUGCCAAGGUGAAGCCUCAAGUCAACCAGAUCGAGGUCCACCCCUUCCUUCCUAAUACCGAGCUCGUCAACUACUGCCAGAAGAACGGCAUCGUGGUCGAGGCGUACUCGCCCCUUGGGUCUCAGAAUCAGGUCCCUACUACGGGCGAGAAGGUGUCGGAGAACCCGACGUUGAAUGAUAUUGCCAAGCAGAAGGGCUGUACUUUGGCGCAGAUCUUGAUCGCCUGGGGCUUGAAGAGAGGCUAUGUGGUUUUGCCGAAGAGCUCGAACCCGGCGAGAAUUGAGUCGAACUUCAAAUCGGUCGAGUUGUCGGACGACGAGUUCAAGGCUAUUAAUGCUGUUGCGGAGGGAAGGCAUUUCCGGUUUGUUAACAUGAAGGAUACCUUUGGGUAUGAUAAUUGGCCAGAGGAGGCGUGAAGAAUGGGUUCAAUAAAAGUAAUAUAGUUUUAGACACUUGGCAACGAACAUUGAUGAUUAUUUGACUUAUGAAUC